AUGUCUCAAGUCAGUGCGGAGUUCACCCGCAAGAUCUCCUCCAGUUCCGAGUCUGGCAACCUGCUCACGCCAGAUCUCGUCGAUCAGCAGCUCUCGUCUGACGAGGCUGAUGCGGACAAGCCUAGCGCAGUUCGCAACCUUCUAUUAGUGCCUGAGGCAGAUCCACAAACAGACAUUGGAUCUGCCGAUGGUCAGCUGCCGGUCACACUCGCGCCAGCGUUAGAAGCAGCGGACGAGGUGGACGAAAAUGAACCUGGCGCUAGCGAAGACGAGGACGACAGCGGUAACGACGACCGCCCCUCUCCUCGGCAAGUUGUUCAGGUUGUUGACAAAGCGCAGGCUGCAGCUUCUGAUCACCAGCGCACGGUCGAGUUGCAGCAGGAGAGACCGGCGGACGUUUGGCAGCAACUGGAGGAGAGCCAGCGGGCGAAUCAACUACUCCGGGCGAGCAACUCUGCCCCAACUUCUGCGCUGCCCCCAGUUGAAUGGCCCAUGGCAAAUGCUGGGAGCCGUGACACGCCUGCCCUAGAUGGCAGUGACUCCAACAACAGGAGGGAAGUGCAGCUGAAAGUGGGGGUGAUCAUUGAUUGGGUUAAGGAUGGGUUAUCCCUGGGGGAUAACAUCUAUCGCGACACCGCCCCUACAGGCUUUCAGAUGGGAGCAAACCCGUUAGUCCGUAUUGUGAUCGCAGGGCUUGAGGACGAGUUUGCUGGGUUGCUGCCAUAA